AUGGUUGAUUCACUUUUUGAUGUUCGAAAUAAUUAUUAUCUUGGAGCAUAUCAACAAUGUAUAAAUGAAGCACAAAUUGUAAACUGUAAAACAGACGAGGAACGCUUAAAAAAAGAUUAUUUUCUUUAUCGUGCCUAUAUUGCAUUGAAAAAAUCUUCAAUUCCGUUGUCUGAAAUUAAUUCAAAUUCUGGACCUGAACUUGUUGCUCUACGUCGACUUGCUGAAUAUUUUAAUAAUGGUGAAAAAAGAUCUGAAAUUAUUCGCCAAGUUACCAGUGAACUCGAACAGGUAGACUCUGAAGGAAAUGAAUAUGUCAACUUAAUAAAUGCUACAAUAUUUCUUCAGGAAGAUGAUGCUGAAAAUGCUCUUCGCUUUAUUAGCCGUAUUUCUGAUCAAACUUCUCUUGAGUGUUUAUCAAUGAAAAUACAAUGCCUUUUAAAAUUGUGGCGAAUUGAUUUAGCUUUGGCAGAAUUGAAAAAAAUGCAAGAAGUUGAUGAAGAUGCAACUAUUGUACAAUUGGCAACUGCUUGGGUUUAUAUGGCUAUGGGAAAAGACAAGAUCAAGGAUGCAUUCUACAUUUUCCAAGAAAUGGUUGACAAAUACGGAGCAACUCCAACAUUGCUAGUGUCUCAAUCUUCAUGUCUUAUACAGCAACAAAAAUAUGAAGAUGCUGAAAAAUUGCUUAUGGAUGCCCAACAACGUGAUCCUAACAAUCCUGAAGCUUUGAUUGGACUUUUUGUUAUUGCUCAUUUCUUAGGAAAGCCUAUUGAGGUUUCAAAUCGUUAUAUGAAUCAACUAAAACAGGAUCAUCCAACACAUAUUUGGACAAAAGAUUUUAUUGCAAAGGAACAAGAAUUUGAUCGUUUAAUUUUUAAAGGUUUCAGACGUUUAAAUAAAAAUUUUAUUUUAAUGGAAGAAAUUGUAAACAAAGUUGUUGACAAGGUUUGUGAAGAGGAUGCUGACAAUGAGGGUAAGAAGAUAGGAGAAGAAGGAAAUAAAAAACCUGGAGAAGAAGAGGAAAGAUUUGUGGAAGGAGGAGGAGAAGGAAGAUUUGAAGAAGUAAAUGGAAGACAAAAAGAGGAAGAAGAAAAGGAGGAGGAUGGGGAGGAAGGGGAAAUAUUUGAAGAAGAAGAGGAGGAAAAGAAGGAAGAUGAAGAAAAAUUGGACGAAGAGGAAAAGGUGGGAGAAGUAAAGGAUGGACAAAAAGAAGAAGAAGAGCAUAAUGAAGAGGAGGAGCAAAAUGAAGAAAGAGAAGAUGAGGAAGAAGAAUGUGAAGAGAUUGAAAUAAAAAGGGAAGAUAAUGUAGAGGAUGAAAAAUUUGUUGAAGAAGAAAAGGAAGAGGAAGAUGUGGAGAACAAUUUAGAAAUUGAAGAAGAGGAGGAGGAAACAACGGACAAUGUGAAGGAAGAUGAUUAUUCUUCUCGUAAAAGUUCUAGUGGAGAAAGACAAAGUUUUAAAAUUAUGGAAUUUAUUGACUUUGAUGAAAUAAAAAAAGAACAUCAAGAUGUUGAGGAAAUUGAAGAACAAAAGGCUUCCACUAAUUUGCUGACUCAAACUGUUCCUCAAGCAACUACAAACACAUUGACCCAAUCUAAUGGAGGAGGAACAUUUAAUUCAAGCAUUAGUCAGCAACGUCCAAAGCGAAACCGUGCCCGUCGUUUGUAUACUCCUUCGCCUCCACCACGUUUUGGAGGAGAGUCUAAAAGGAAGAGGGAAUCGGAUGAUUCAUUAGCCUCUACUUCAUUGCAAACUUCUUCUAAUCCAAAAAAGAUUUCUUGGGCUAAAGAACAACCUCGUCAAGUUCAUUCUGCUAAUAAACCUCAACAACAACAGCAACCAGAUAAUUUUACUCCUCAUCCUCCUCUUCCAUCACAAUCUUCAUCAUCUCAACAACAAAACAUGGAUUCGACCGUUCCAAAUUCUUCUUCGUCAUUGUCAUCUUCUUCUCAUUUUUCUUCACAUCCUCCACCUAUCGUUAAAUUUGGGCAUUCAAUUCCUCAACCAAUGUCUAAACCGCCAAGUACUUUUGGAUAUUCAAAUCAACAGUCACAAAUGCAAACAGUUCAACAGGCACAACAUGUAGUUGUUUUAUUACGUCAAAAUGAAAAGUUGGCUAAAGAAGUUGCUUCCUUGAAACGUUUAAAUCAGGAGCAACAACAACAAAUUCAAAGUUUAAUAAGUGCUAAUCGUGAAUUAAUUUGGGCAUUUAAUGAAAGUCGAAGAGAACAUGAGGAAUUAAUGAAACAAUUAAAGACUUUAAUGGCUUCUAAUUCUAAUAAAAAUAUUAAUAAUAAUUCAAAUGGGAAUGUUGGCCAACAACAAAUGGGAAAUACUAAUUUUAAUGUUGCUUCUAAUCAAAAUAUGCAACAACAAAAACAACAACCUCCAGUCGUCCCAAAAAUGGAAGUUGUUGUUCCAAGACGUAUCUUAAGCAAAACUAUUACAAAUACAAACAAAUCGUCAUCUGACUUACAACGAAGCGAAAAAAAACUUCAACAAUCUAAUGAAAUUUCAUCAUAUCAACCAACAGUUUUUGCUCUUAGUAAACCUAAAAAAUCAAAAGUUGUUGACAAUAAAACGACUCUUAGAACUUCAGCAAAAUCACAACAAAAACCACCACAGAAACAGCAACAACAACAGAAACCAAAAUUACUUUCCAAUAUUCCUUCUUCUGAACAAAAAAGUUUGGUGAAUUUACCUUCUGUUGAAGUAAAAAAGGAGAGGGAAGAUGUUGGAGAGAUUAUUAAUCGAAUAUUGCCACAAAAUGUUGAACAAAAGAAACGUACAAAAGAAGAAGAAAUUGAAUCUAUUAAAGAAGAAUUAAAUAUUUUAAAAUCUAAUCCUGAUUCAAGCAAAUUUCUUGGACAACGUAGACCUGCAUUUUUUACUCCGAAAGAAUUUGGGGAUUGGCAUUCUGUUGUUAGUGGAGAUUUACGUAAACAACUUGUUUUAAAAAUCUUCCAAGCUUUAUGUCCAGAAGUAACACAAAAAUGUAUUGAUGAUUAUAAUAAAGCUUAUCCAUCACGUGUUGAUUAUAUAAAAAAAUCUGUCAAUUUUUCUUUUGAAACGGAAAAUGAUUUGUUUGUAAAUUCAAAAUCAAAAGAAUUAUAUAUUGGAUUAAUUGCUGAAAAAAUUUUUACAUUACGUGAAGCUAUUUCACGUUUUUCAACGAAUACAACAACAAGUGGUGGAGGGGGAGGAAGUUCUGAUACAAGUAAUGAUGAAAGGCGUAAUUCUAGUGGAAAUAAUAAUGGAAAUGCUAAAAGAAAAUUGGCAGAUGUUUUAAAGAGAACAACAAGAAGUAUUGGAAGUAAUGAAUAA